AUGUCCUGGUCUCAGACCCCCGAUGCUGUUGGGAUAUUAUCUAGAUGGGAUCCAGAGACCGGUCGAGCGGACGAGCAGCUGAUCAUCCGGAGCCACCAGACGGUAUAUGUCGGUAGAGACCCGGAUAAGUGUCAUUUCGUGCUGGAUAAUAAGUUCGUUUCUCGUCAACACCUCCGCAUAUAUACCAUUCUAUUCGACCAUGAGAACCCUGGAAGCAUUUUGCCAUUGGUUUACGCCGAGGACAUCUCCGAAAAUGGGGCUGUAUGGAACAUCUACCCCAUGUCAGGCAAGGGUGGAUUUCUCCUCAGUGAUGGCGACAUAAUCCAGCUGCCGGUGGGUAUAUUUCUCAGGUUCAGUUAUCAGAUGCAUGUGCAAGAACGCCUUGGUAUCGUCAUGACCAAAGAGAUCCAGUUUUUCAACAAUACGUACUGCGUCACACCACGUAGAUUGGGAUCUGGUGCUUACGGACAGGUGUACAUGGCCUACAAUUCUAUUAGUGGCCAGCAACUUGCUUGCAAAGUUAUAAACCUCCGACCUCUUAGGGGUGGCAUAAUUAGGGUAUCACGGGCAGGUGAUAAUGGGGACGACUAUGGCGAUCCAACCGUGCUGCAAAAAGCCGAUUUGGUCAAAAUGAAGUACGGGAAGAAGCUACUAGAGUCUGGCCGUGAAGCAAACCUUAGGAAAAGAUUGGAAGUUUCCAGCCGCGAGGCCCUAAUAUUGAAAGAUCUUUGCCAUCCCAACAUUAUCAGUCUCAAAAAAGUGAUACAAACUAGCUAUCAUGUUUAUCUCUUUCAGGAGCUGGUACCUGGUGGAGAUCUUUUCUCUUAUAUCCAGUACAAAGGGGGAAUGCUUACUAACAUCGAGGCUGCAGUUAUAGUUCGGCAACUACUGAUGGCAUUGGAUUACUUGCAUGGCCGGGAUAUAAUUCAUCGAGACCUGAAACCAGACAAUAUACUCAUGACAUCCUUGGAGGAUGGAUGCAGGGUUGUGCUAUCUGACUUUGGAUGCGCCACCCACAACACGGGGCGAAUGUCGACCAUGGUUGGCACAUUCGAAUAUAGUGCUCCAGAAGUUAUUUCUCCUCGUCAAGAGGGUUAUACCAAAGCAGCAGACAUGUGGUCGCUAGGUUGCGUAACAGCGGUCUUACUGACAGGUAGUACUUCGUGUGAUGGCUCAAUGGCAACGUACGCAAUUGACUUGGCUAAAAUCGGGGGUUAUGAGAAGUUGGAGGAGAGUCUGACCAGAAAAUUUGCACAUCCCCGAGCAAAAGACUUCAUUCAUCGCCUUCUCAGAAUCGUCGCAGAAGAGCGCCUGACCGCCAAGCAAGGGCUGCAACAUGCGUGGUUCAGCAAUCCAGUCCAUUCCUUCGAGUUUAAAGAACUUUACUAUCGAUCAAUUAGAAACUGGACUCCCUGCCUCCCCAAAGAGCCAAUAGUUGUGGAAAUCACCAGCUUGGAUUGCUUCAUCGACGAAAUGGUCGCUCGAGAAGCAGUCAGUAAUGAUCCAAACCUCGAGAGGAAUGGGGAUACUCAAAAUACGUCGCCUUCAAGUAUAGUAUUUGGGGGAGGUAGUCAACUUCCAGACGAGAUAUGGAGCCCCAGCUCGUCAGUCAGAAAUUUCUCCGGCCACGCGAUUGCUUCUCCUACUUUGUCGGAUCUCAACCUACCUUCAGUCGCAGUAUGACGGGUCACCAGUGAACGGGAAUUUCGCAGGACAUGGAAGGGCAUAUGCUAAAAAGUGAGGUUAGUCUCAACGAGC